UUCCUGCACGCCAUUGAAGGGUGGAGGGGCACGUGACCUGUAUUGGGAUAGCGUCCAGGAACAAAACAAACCCUCAAGAACUGACAGCGCCGUUAAAGCUUUAUGACUGACUGACAGCUGCUGUUUUAAAGACUAAUAUCACGUAAUAUCAUUUAGGGUUCUGUGUGGAUCUAGAGAAAUGGAGUAAUUUUAUAACAAUAAUGUGGAUACUUCUUUGGAGAUGGAGGCUGUGAGACCCAAAAAGUCAAAGUCCAAAUCCAGUGGGAAGCCACAGGUCAAAAAGGAGAGACAGGCAGAGAGUGUUAGACAGCCUUCAGGACCUUCAUCAGCAGUUAAUGAGCCGGCGCCAGCUUCUGAGUUCACUGAUGUCCCCCUUAGCCUUUCUCAUGUGCCUCCAGCUCCUGAUCUGAAACCACCCACCACUCAGACCUCACUAGAGCAUGAUGACAAAUCUGAAAAGGAUCAAGACCAAGUUCUCUUGUCAGAUACGACUGAAAUAGUGAAGAAACAAUCUUGCAAUGAUGAGCAUAAAAUGCCAUCACAAGACACGGCACCUCGGGUGGACCAAGCUUUGGCACCCGUUCAGUCCUGUCAAAGUGAUCCCAAACCUCUUAGUGCUAAACUUGAGCCAUUUUGUGUCCCUUCUAUAUAUCCAUCUAUCCCAUCUUCCUGCUCUGAGCCACAGCUUUCCGAGGACUCGUACUCUAUCACCUAUGGACUGUUAGAUGCUUCUUGUAUGACAGUGGCUUCUGAGGGACAAGUAGCUCCAGCUGUUCUUUCUCUGGCUAACCAGGAGUCCUCCCCUCCCAGCUUGGUCCCUGUGGAGGUCGCUGACGUGGAGAGACCCAGGGAGAGGCUUUACCCAGAGCUGCCCAGGACCUGCCAGUCUGUGAAGCCCUUCACUAGCGAGCAGCUACGUACAUGGGAGCCCGGUUCCUGGUUGGAAAACGUGGAGAUUCAUGAAGCGGAGUUCCAGAGUCUGGCCCACCAAGAAGGACAUGAGCUGUAUGAGCUGCUGCUGAGCUACUGGAGGUGCCGUAAGCAGCUGACACAGGCCCAGACCGAACUGCAGGCUGCUAAUUCAGACUGCAAAAAUGUGCAGAAUCGCCUGUGGAGCUUCAAGGAUGAAAGGCUUUCAUUGCAGGGUGUAUGUGCAGACCAGACCAAGGUGUUUGGCUACCACUGCUACCAGCAGGUGACAAUGAACGAGGCUGCAUUAACUGAGCUGAAGCAUCUGUUUUCUGCGAAAGCAGAUAUUCUCCAUCAGACAGUGGCCCUGCACUCAUACACCUCCAUCUUGUCCCGUCUACAAGUGGAGUCUUAUCUCUACUGCAUGCUCAGCAGUAACCCCACCACCAAGAGUGUGGCUGUGCAAGAUACAAGCACAGUGAGUCCAAAGUCUCAGCCCUCUUCUUUGCAACCGCUAAAGGAGAGCAUCAGUGUGCUGUUCAUCUUCACCCGAAGGGUCCUUGAUGAUUCUCAGUUUCAGGCUGACAUACAUCUGUGGCUUCAGAGGCUGGUGUCUGUGCUGCAUCAGGUCGGCUCUACAGGAGAUCACCUGUUCAUCCUAAAUCACCUGCUUUGCUGCCCGGCAGGUGUGGGCAAAUGGGCUGUGCCAUUCCUUCAGAUCAAAGUAUUGGAUAACCCAUCUGGAGUGUAUCAUUUCAUGCAGGCCCUGGCUAUCCUCAUGUCUCCAGCGAGGCAUCGUGCAGACUUCCUGGGACACAUGAAGCCCAGUGAAGCAAAGGGCAACAACAGUCUUACAGGGACUGCAUCUGGUAACUGGACUCUAGUGGAUGAGGGGGGAGAGGAGGAUGAAGACCCAGAAACAAGCUGGAUGCUGCUGUCUGAAGAUGAUCUGGUUUCUCUGUUCUCUCAGUUUCCCUUUGAUGAGCUCUUCAAACACUUACUGGGUAUCUGCUCUAAAGGCGACUAUCAGCCUCAAGCCACCACCAGUCAAAAGAUGAUGAAGAUAUUUGCAUUUGCUUCUUCACUGGUCGAACUGCUUGCUGUCGGUUUGCAGACUUACAACAGAGCACGUUAUCGCCAAUUUGUGAAGAGAAUUGGUUACAUGAUCAGGAUGACGCUCUGUUAUGUUAGUGACCACUGGGCGCAGUACAUCAGCCUGACAGGUGUGAGCAGAACCACAAUGCAGGAACAGUCAUUUUCAAUGGAGAAGCUGCAGGUGGAGUUUGACCAUCUCUUCCUGAGAGCAGUGCUUCAUGUGCUCAAGGCCAAGAGAUUGGGCAUAUGGCUGUUCAUGUCUGAGAUGCCGUAUGGCACAUUAUCCAGCUCCAUGCUGUGGAAGAUCUUCUACAUUAUGCAAUGUGCAGAGAUGGACGGUCUGGAGAAGCUAAGCUGUAGCCUGAGUGCUGAGGACUGUAUCCAGGGGCUCAGAGAACCAAGUCAUCAGGAGAAGUUUCAGUGCUGGCUGUCAGAGAUAAACAGCUCCGAUGGAAUCUGCCUGUUGACAACAUUUGCACAUAUGGCCCAGCCCAGACGUACCGAUGUAGACCCUGAAUUUGUCAGGAACAUAGUGCUAGAGAUUUAUGAGGUGUCCUAUGUUAGUAUCACCACGCGUGAAAUCUUUUCUAAAGUUGGCCGUGAGUUGCUUGCUGCUAUAGCGACUGCCCACCCUCACAUCAUCUUUGUGCUGUUGGAGAGACUGAGAAAGACCAUAGAGAAAGUGGGCAUGGUAUCACUGUACCUUUUCAAGGAGUUGCCCCUGCACUUGUGGACGCCAGCUCGAGCUGAGGUGGGGUUGAUCCGAGAUUGGCUGUUAAACUUCAGUCUCACUGCUGUGGAGAACAGAUUAGCCUGCAUCAUACUAGAGGGCCUCAACUGGGGAUUUCAGCCUAAUGGUUGCCUCAAUUUACCAGCAUCUUUGCAUAAUGAAGUCGCGCUUUUGGUGAUUGAAGCAUAUCAAAAAUAUCUCACAGACAAACCAUAUGGUGGAAUCCUCUCAGAAGGCAUCAAACAAGUGUCUUACCUGGCUAACGUGGUGCGGCUCGGCCAGACUCCAGAAUCCUCCUUUAACCAGUGGGCCUGGGAUCUGGUUCUUAGGCUAAAGCUCCAUGCCAAUGAAAUAUGUCCUCAGGAUGCCUGGUGCCCCCUUCCCUCCUCCGGUGCUCCCAGUGUGCCUGAGAUCACAGAUGCUCCCACCAUGCACCCAGUGUUCAAAGCAGUCAAAGCCGGCAUCCCCAUCGGCUGUUUUCUGGCUAUUGACAUGACCACCAUCGGGCACAGUUUGGAGAAGUUCUGCAGUGAAGGAAUAUCUCUUCUGAAGACUCUGGUUCAGUCCCGUCAUCUCAAAGCUGUAGUGCACAUACUGGAAAACAUUCUUCCUCUGGUCUACCACUGCCAGUUCUACCUGCUCAAAAAUGAACAGUUUCUGAGCUGUAUCCAGCUCUUCUUGCAGCUGGAUAGUGGGACACAGGGUGUGACCCAGCAGGUUACACAGAAGGUGACCCAGCAUCUGAUUGGCACUUCUACAUGUGAGAACAUCAAACUCCUUAACAGUGUGAUCCAGGCUCAUAUUCUGGAGAGCUCCAGGCCUGGGCGCGUUGGUGCAGUAGCUGUUCUUGAGUUCUGGCUUCAGGUUUUGACAGAACAGAACCUCUGGUAUCGAGACAAAGCUGUUCUCUACCUUCUGGACCACCUGUGCUGUGCUGCAUUUCUUCACCAACAAGAGGAAUGUCUCCAGAAACUUCUCUACCAACAACAUAAGAGUGCUUUAGGUUUCCAUGGAGACAAAGGUUUGCUGUCAUCUCUUAUGGGCUGGAUAGUGGCAGGAAAUAUCACUCCAUCCUUCAUUGAGGGCAGUUCUCUCACAGGGGAGGUGUGGUUUGCUUGGUUGGUCCUCAACAUGGAGACGAUGUUCGAGGAAGACUCUCAGCUGCGACGCUGUGUGGAGCAUGAGCUCCUCUCGAACCCUGCUUACACGCCUGAUCAGGCUCUGAAGAAAGCCCAGGUGCGCCUCAAGCUUCAGGUCGUCCCGUCCCUACAGAGACUGAUGAUUUAUCGCUGGGCUCAACAAGCUUUAGCUACCCCUGCAGAUCAUCCACUCCUGCCUUUGGUGUGGCAGAAAUUUUUCCAACUUUACCUCCGUCAACCUGGACCAGAGUUUGGGCUGGAGAUGAAAGGUUGUAUCGGAAGGCGUUACUUCCAUAGUGCGGCCCAUCUAUCCUUGUUAAACAGCCUCAGACAGCGGCUUGUUGAAGUGUCUGACUUCCACCACGCUGCGAGCAAGGCUUUGAAAGUGCCCUGCUCAAGCGCUGAAUCCAGUGAUGGUCUGCUCACCCCAGGGACCCCCAUCACCCAGUGCAUGACCUCUCCUGAGCUGCACACUGAGCUUGUGCGGCUCUUCACUGUGUUUGCUUUGUGGUUGGAUGAUGAAAACCUGCAGAAGCAAGAAAUUUACUUGCCUUCUUUGCCAAAGCAGUAUGACACCCAUCGCCUAGCCAAAAUCAUGCAGCGCCAGCAGGAGGUGUGGAUGGAGCAUGUGGACAUUGAGAGAGUCCAGCAUGAGCUGCAGGAAGUGCUCAGUCUGUGGUCAAAGGCCAAGAGUGAACCUGCACUCUCCCAAAACACCAGCUCCUCCAUCUUCACUGACUUCAUCAAUCCUCUGGCUGCAAGGGAGCGUAUUCUCACUCAGCUGAGAAAGCAUGAUGCCCCCCAGGGGGCGCUGUUACUUGUGCCUAUGAAGGCUCCAGUGCCUGAUAUUCCCACUGAGAGUCUGUCUGAGGAGAAAAUCUCCACUGCCUUAAUUCAGGAAGACCUUGCUAAGCUCCAGCAUCAAGCCAAGUUGGCAACGGUCCGGGAAACACAGCAGGUCGCUCUAGACAAUGAACUGCUGGAGGUGUUGCCGCAGCUCUACAUAAACCGGGAAGACCAACUCUCAAUGCAGUUAGAGUGCCGUGGCAAAGGUGGACAGCCCUGCCAGGGUCCCGCACAUGUCACUGUAAAGUACUCAAGACUACACAAACUGGAUCCAGUGCAGAAUCAGAUCCAAUGCCUGAAGAGUGAUAUUAAACAGCUACAGGCUGAUGGAAUCAAAGCUCCUCCUCAAAGUCUGGCUGAGGCGGCCGUGCACACAGAGAACUUCAUCACGGCCUUGGUUAAUGUUUACAAACUAAAUCCUUCCCCUGGCAUACUGAAGGUGGGCAUCACUGCUUUCUAUCAGAUUGUGUCAUUUGUGUGUGAGGAUACACAGAGACAUCCACCCACCCGGCAAUUUUUCACAUCCUGUAUAGAGAUCCUUGGUCAGGUCUUCAUCCGGGAUGUCCAAUCAGAAUGUAAACAAAUGCUGAAGACCAUCCUUCUCAACAGACACCUCUGUAACCUUCUCUCACCCUACUUCACCCCAAACGCCUCUCCUGCAGAGCUGGUCUCUCUGUACGAGGAAGUGGUCAACACCCUCCACAUAGACAGUGGUGAUGUCAUAUUCAUGCUCCUCACAAAAUUUGACUUGACUCAUUGGCUGUCGGUGACGCAGCCUCAGUUCUCUGAGCGUAGCCGAUUGAUGGAAAUAAUUCAUCAGGCUCUGUGCACCUGUGGGCUGGAACCUGAGCCAGAAGUCCUCAUGCCCUUCAACAUCUUCUGCAAGCAUUGGACAGAACUGCUGCUUUACCAAUUUCCAGACCACUACAGUGACUUCCUUCGUCUGCUCAUGCAGAGCUCUUCUGAGCAGCUUCUCAGUCCAGACUGUUGGAGAACAUCACUAAGAGGGCUGGGCUGUUCUCCUCAUCCCAUGACAAAUACAAACAAAACCCGCUCCAUCCUGCUCUCCCCUCAACAGGUGGAUGAAACACUUGAAUGGCUCUCAAAGUACUUCCUGAAGCUCCGUCUGUCUAACGGGGACUUCAGGAGCUUUGGUCUCCUCUCAAAAUGGGUGCCGUACAUUGAGGAAGUCAAGAAGUUUUGGGAAGAUUUGAUUACCUACUUCAUUGAUCUGGAGCUAAACAAUUGUAGCAAAGAACCAGUAGGAAGUCCAAGACUGGUCAAAGCUCUUGAGAGCCUGCAUGCAAAAAUGGCCAAACUGUUUGAACCGUGGAUUCUGGUCCUUGACACCGACAACACUAGUCAUCCUCGCUGUUCUCCAUGGCUUGAAUCAGAUGCUGCAGCUGCAGCAAGCUUAGUGAGCUUAUAUGCACGCUUGAUGGAGACUAUGCAUGAGAAAUUCAAAGAUCGCUUGUUGCCAGGACAAAGAGGAGCUCUGUGGUUUCAUCUCAUGCAUUACUGUGAGACCUGCACCUCUCCCAAGAUGCCAGAGUACCUGCUUUACACGUACCACACUGAGUACAGCCGUUUGCCAUGGAAGGACCUGCAUCCAGAUCAGACACUAAUGAACCAGUUUUUCAAUGUGGAGAGGGGUAGCCCAAAGAGUUGUUUCCUGUUUAUGGGAGAGCUGCUUUGUGAGGUGAACUGGGUCAGUGUACUGAGUGACUCUCUCAGCCCCCAGCUGAGCCCCUCAGCUCAGACGAUGGUGGUCUCUGUCCUAUAUCUGAUGGUGUUUCUGGCCAAAGAGGAUCUCAGCAAACCUGAGUCUUCUGUUCUCAGUCUCCUGGAACAAUCAGCUUCUCUGCCUUGGCACCUAGUCGAUUUUGAUUCUUAUCAAAAUGUUACACGCUAUGUCAAUACACAUUACCCAGCAUCCCUUGUUCUCAGUCAUGAUACCUCUUCACAACACGUCAUCAAAUUGCUUAGAAUGGCUGCUGGAUUUGGGACGACCACACAAAUGUUACAUCACAAGGACAUGACUUUAAAGUGCCAAGCCUUCCUUCACUUAAUGGUGCAGUUCCUGACUUCUCUGGAUCAAAGUGGGAACAUCAGUCUGGCAUCUCUGGAGACAGAAAUGGAGAAAUUACUGGAGUACAUAGUCAUUUUCAACCCUCCUGAGACAGACCUCCAGCAGCGGCACAUGGCCACCUGCAGUCUGUUUGCGGAGAUGCUUACUCUGCUGAAUGAAGCUGGCAUGUCUACAGCAGAGGGACUCGGGACUAAACUCCACUCCUGGGUGGAAAAGCGAGCUCGGGGUCCUUUGGUUCUUCCCCUGCUAACAGCUGCGUGCAGAUGCCUGGCCUCAGUGCGUCAUAUGACACGAACCACUGAGGCCUGUAUUCUCUCCUACUUCACUGAUGGUGGAUGUGCUGAUCAGUACUCUGGUUGGGGGCCCAUCCUUGUUUCUCUUCAGGUUCCUGAACUGACUGUUGAGGACUUCAUUCAGGAAAGCCUGAACCUGGGCAGUUAUCUCACCCUAUACGUCUACAUCCUCCAGAGGCUGAACCUCGAGCAAACCCUCCUGAGUGAGAAGAAGACCUUAGUGCUGCUCAGCACAUGGAUCAGCCAGGUCUUCCCUAGUGGUCCAGCUGAUGAGGCAAAGUUGUUUUUAUGGUGGCAUAAAUUCUUGGAGCUUCUGCAGAUCCAAGUGGAUCAAGAGGACACCUGCGCACUUGAUACUCUGAUUCUCACCUCAAUGGCUUUCCAGAACCGUCUAGCCCAGCUCAGUGAGGAAAGACUGAACUCAGGCAUCUUGGGAGCCAUAGGCCUUGGGAGGAAAUCCCCUCUUUCUAGCAGGUUUCGGGUUGUGGCACGCAGCAUGUCCGCAUUUUUUCUGGUCCAGGUGCCCUCAGAGAAUCAGCUGCGUCUUCAUCCAGGCACAGAGCUUCAGCUCUCAGCUAAAGCCCAACAGGCCUUAUUGGUACUGGAGCAAAUGCCGAGUAAUAAGCAGUAUUCAGAGCUGCAUGUGUUUGUGAACCAGGCCAUUCAGUUCAUCAAGUACCCAGGUCACAGCCUGCGUGACAGCAACCGUCUUUUGACCCUGCUAGUCAAUGCACUCUACACUGACCUUAAUUACCUAGACAUCAUCCGUUAGCUAUAACUUAGCUAAAACAAGAGUCAACUCCUGCUGUCAAGCACCAAAAACUCCCGGAGAAUGGAUCUAACUCCAGGUGAGAUGAAGGUGUUUUCUGGGAAUUGGGAGGAAUGCAUUAAAUCAUGGGUUUAGGAACUGAAGCAGUGGUCAUUUUUUAAACUGUGCAUAAGAUUAUAAAACACGCCCGGUUAAACUAAUUUUCUUUUCUCACAAUAAUAUCACAGUUUCCCCUCUCUUUUUUUCUUAAAAUGUAUCCUUUAAAGUAUCCAAAUUCUUCUGUGUUUCAGACCAGAAAUAACACACAAACAAUCAUGUCCACACAGUUCAUGGUCUCAUUACAAUAUUAUAUUCAUUCACAUAAUUUAUUUUAGAGUGGUGAGGAUUUUAUGAUAUAUGUAUGAGGAUGUUUUUAGACCUCCCAUUUUGCGGGGAGUUGCGGUGAUGUCUGAUAAUUCAGUCGCAGUGUAAAUAUACCACAUAGCAUGAUUUUGAUUGAUUUGCACAACAAAUAUUCUGGUGAAUUUACAAAAUAUUUUUGAUUUCAGUUUUAUUUUCUUAACGAUAGAUGUUUUUGCAAUGUGCUUUCUUACAAAGUACAUUCUUUAUGAGCUCAUGCAAGUAAACCGAUAAUGGCUGGACAUCUUCAUUUCAAUGUGAAGAAGUGAAUGUUUUAGAGACUAAUAUCUUUCUCACUGCGUUUAUUAUUUGUAUGGAGGACAGCAAUGUCCAAACAAGAUGAAAAGCUCCAGCAUGUGAUCUGCCUGACAAGUGCACUUAGUUUCUUUCUUUUUUUUUUGUCUCCCUUAAAUAAUGUUCACAGUUGACAUCAAACAUUCCUUUGCUCUUUUUAAAUUUUUCUGUUGCUCCACAGCAAGAUGGAUGGUAUUAUAUUCUAUAGGCAUAUGAAAUUGUAUGCUGUAUUUACUUAGAUUCAUAGAGCUAAUUUCAGAACUAAUAUUAAUUUGAAUUCGAGAAAAUCUGUUUCUGUGCUGCACUAUUGCCAGCAUGGUAUGUCUAUAUUUGGUUGUAGUUUUAUUGAAAUAGGUCAGCCCUUCUGGGGAUUCACUGCAUGCUUUUAUAAUACAGUCAGAGGUCAUUUUCUAUACCUUCUCAUACCACAGCAUUCACUGGUUUCCAUAAUACUGCAAAAUAAACAUUGUGCAUUGAAUUUGUGAUAAUUAUAACUGUUUAGAUGCUCCCCAAGCAAACCGAUGUGCUUAAACAUGAACCGUAAUCAAAUCCCAAAAUAAAAUUAACAUGAUGUGCAUAUUGUUAAUGACUGUCACGCUGUUGAAAAAACACUGAACCAUUGAAAUAACCUGGACAUUUAUAGAAAUGUACAGUGGAAAGUAGUCUAAUGUUGUAUAGAACACGACUUGCCAUAAGUUGUUUUCAAUGUAAUAUUUUUUCCUCUUGUGCCAUAAUUGAUGUUCUGUCAUCCGUUACAAAAUACAGUGUCAAAUUAUAUGUUGUGUACAUGAAAGUGUAAAUGAUAAUCAAAGUCAAUAAUACCUGAAAUCAAAGGAAAA